GUAGAACACCAACAACUGAUAGCAAAUAACAAAAGCAACAGAAACAGGGAAAGGACCUAAAAAGGCCAGCAUACUGCAGCAGUUGAAGCGUCGAGCAUACUGAAAAAGAAAGAAGAGGGAAAGAGGGACUAAGAGAAACAUGAAUGAAUUCGAUGGUAAGAAAUUCUAUGGAUUUUCGCUGCACAAUGAUCCAGAAUUGAUUACGACGACAAGAAACUUUGAAUUUAAGUACGCCCGCCCCGAGCACUUGGAGCGCGCCAUACAGAAGGUGCAACACAACGUGGCUGAGCAUGACAGACACCGCAAAAAGGACAUCUUGAAUCGACUGUGUAAGGCAAGGAAAAUAACUGCCGUUAGCGAUGUGAACACGCCUUAUUGUCGCGACGCAGAUGUCGAGACACAAGUUUCGCGCAAUGAUGCCACCGGGCGCGUGCGCAAUUUGAGCGACAUUGAAAUCAACCAGCUGAUUGGUAAAGUGAAGAGCUAUGGCGACCUACGCAAGCAGAACUCAACCGAUACUUACGCUAAAGCCAAAGAUACCACAAAAACCGUAAAUCCACCAUCCGCAUUAAAGGGGAUUUUGCGACAAAGGACAUACGAAUUUCCUAGUGGCGGUAGCUUAGGCAACGCUUACCACUGUGGCGCGCGCCAAAGCCACACGGGUGAUGUUUGCGUUGGCGUUGAUGACAACGGUGAUAGUGAUACAUUUUUUUCGGAGCCCACCUCUGAGGACCAAGUAGGUUAUCAUCCAUUCGACAUGCCGCAGGAAUCGUUAUUUGAGACACACACCAUGCAAAUGCCACAUAUGCGACGUGAGCUGCACAGCGGCUUAAAUAAGCUGCCCGAUGUGCCGGAGGAAGAUGAGUUACUCGCAUCAAAAACCGUAAUGCCAACGAUUGUUGAGGAAUUUCGGCAGCUUGAACCCAGGUGGGUGGAAAUUUGUGAAGCGCCAGCAAAAGCGACAGCUCAAUUGAGUGAAAUCAAAAUGCAAAUAGACAAUGAUGGUGAAACGUUGGUGGAGAAGGAGUCUUCUUUCGAAAUAACCGAGCGUUUGCCCACCGAUGUCAUGUACACAAUGCAUUCGCAUGAGUUACAGCUGCCGCUACAAAUAAAUGCGCCGGAAAUGAAGUUGAAGAAUCAACCACCACCACCGCCUAGUCUGCCGAGCAUGACAGUUCCUUAUCAGCAAAGCAGCUACGAUGACAACGCUUCGACGUAUGACGUGGAAGAUAGUGAUCUCGAAUACGAGAUGAUGGGACGCGCCGAAUAUACGAAACUUUGUGGUCAACGCCCAAAAACCAUCGAGGAACUGAUCAACGAGUCGAAUAACAGCGAAGGCCUAGCGCAAUUCAUCGAAGUCGAACCGGCAAUUGACAGCCUUAAUUUAAGUUUGCUGAAGAAUGUCUCACCAAUACGCUACUCGGACGUGACCGAUGACCGCGAGGAGGAUAACACCGCCGCUGGUAUAAAUCAACAGAUGAGAGUGUCUAUCAAUAAUCGUGCCAUAAAAUCGCCUUCACCAUCGCCAGCAAAGAAGGCAGCCAUAUCGCCUGUUAGGGAAGUAAAGAGAAAAAUAAUAAAAGCUCGAAAGAAGCCAGUUGAAGAGGUCAAAGCCAGUCCACGUAAAAAGUUGUCAGCACGUGGCGCUGAUUUCUCACCGACAACUGAGAAGUCCACACGCACGACUGGAAGAAAAUCUAGACCAACAACACCGAAGCAACACAAAGAUCGCAAAAGUCAAAAUAUCAGCUCCAACGAGUUGCGUGCUAUGAAAAAUAUCGUACUAACCAAAUCGAUUGAGGAUCUUAAAAUGGAAAAGAUGACAAUAUUUGCAAAAAUGACCAGCAUGCAAGAGCGAAUCAUUGAAACAUUGGAUAAGUUGCGUAUCAGCCUAUCAGAGCUUUAUGUACCGGAUAGCCACCAUGAGAAGACAAAGCGUCAAAAAAAUGCCUUCGAAUUCUCUGUAAGAUUUUCACGCAAUUUUCUGUAUCCUUUAAAAGGCAUGAUCGAGGAUCUACACAUAGUUUCGGUGGAACAAUUGUGCAGUGCCUCCUCAAAUGAGGCCACUCUACGUGUGCUCAAUAUUUUUUCACUUAUUCACCAAUCACUGCAGACCUAUUACAAGCAAUUGCGUUACUUUUUGCUCGAUCAGGUGCCGCAAAAGUUGCAUACGCUCAUUGAGUUGGCAGCAACAACGGUGAACAUUUGCCUGGAAAAGCAAAUCUUCGAUCGGAAUGAUGCAAUAAUUGAGUGUUUACAAGAUCGUUGCACUAAAUUUCUAGGUUUUCUGGAGGAUAUGCACGAAGAACGUUUCCUUACGGCGCGUGAUAAUUAUCGUAAAGCAAGUUUUCAUAAUACUGCAUCCAAUUAUAGCCUGAAAAUGUUUAUGAACGAUCUAAAUAUGUACGAGCCAAAAUUGGUGCCGAAAAAUCAUUAUAACCUUCGGCGCAAUCCCAAACAACGUCGCGUUCCAAAUCCUAGCGCGAAAAAUACAAACAUAAAAACGAAGACGAAAACAAAAAUCCACACAACAACUCCAGCAACACCCAAAACAUCACACAUGGUCAUCAUAAAGCCCGAUGGGGAUCAGAUUUCAACUCAGAUCAACGAGUUAACAAACAGCUCGGGUAUCAUUCAUAGCGUAACAGAUAUAUCAGUGCCACCUGCUGAGCCGAGUAUGAAUUCCGAUAAGCAGCCCAACUUGAAUAAGGCGCUCGUCGAGGCAUUGCAAACUGUAACCAAAGAACAAAUGCGACAAGUGCUCCAACCUAUCAUGCAGACGCUUGGUACGGUGCUCGAGAAGAAGAAUGCUUCGAAAACGAUUGAAGAACUACUCAAUGCUUUCGGCAAUAAUUUAAUUUCUCUGGCAGAAGGUGAGAGUAUGAGGAGAACGAGCCCAGAAAAGUACAGUGCCAGCAAGGACAAAGUGCUUGGCGGUGAAGAGUCGAAAGCGGCAAAACAAACUGAACGACAACAGCGUUACCGGCACCGCCACUCAAACAAUGAAUCGACCAAACGCCACGAAGCUGCUGCAGCUGCUGACUUCUUCGGCCAAGCGCCUACGGCGAAUGCCUCCGAAACGGUUAUUUGUGAUAUCGUUGUAGACGAUGAUGAAGAUAAUUAUUAUGACGACGAUGGAUUUGAGAAUAGCGCUAGCGACUUUGUCGACCACGAUGGCGAUGGUGGCGAUGAUGAUGGCAUGGGCAAAGCUAAAGGCGCACCAAUCGACACAACUGAACCCACCGAACCCACGGAACCUAGCGAACGCGCUGAGCUCACUGCGACCGCUGAAAACAUCGACUCAAGGCGCUACUUCCGCGAUGAGUGUGCUAGUAAGCGCAAUAACAACAUCAACCAUAAUAAAGUGGAUCAAUUCAAAUUUAGCGCGUGUGACGCUGGUGACAAGCGCGCCGAUUAUGAUGGCGACGAUGUAGUUAGCGAGAGUGGCUCAGAUUUUGUAAGCUUCGAGGACUCAAGCAAUUUUGAAGUUGUGGGUGCAAUAAAACCGGACAAGAAUAAGGUGAGGGCGCAACAACAGGCAAAACUACAACAACUACCACAGCAUCAUAGCAACAAAAAGGAGCAAGAGCAGCAUAAGAAAGAGCAACAGCAACUAGAGAAACUUGAAGCGUGCCACCAGCCGCACGAUCUCAAGCAGCAUAGGCAGAGUAAACAACAACUGGAGCUUCAGCAGGCAAAAGUAUUGAGCGAGCGCACUGAAAACUAUGACACACACAUCAGACAGCAGGAGCAAUUUUUGCUGCAGCAGGCGUACGAUGAGGAAUCGUUGCAGCGUCACCAGAAAAAUUACAGCGCCGCAAAGCAAAAACCCAGCAACGCUGUCGGCAACAAAACUACGUCUCAGCAAAUAAUUAAACAGUCACGCAAUCUGCAAAAACAACUGGAACAGCAGCUGGAGGAGCAUCAGCGAUGCAUUAUUGCGCAACAUCAACAGCAGCAAUUGCAUCAUGAGCAGCUACAGCAGCAUAAGCUGGUUAAACGCGAGGAGCAACGCAUGAUGCAGGAACAGCAGCAGAUGCAAGCGCAACUGGCGGCACAGAAGCCGCUAACCCGAAAUCAACUGCAAUUGCAAGCGCAACAACAGGCGGGUGGUGCGCCCACUUCGCAUCAUAGCGCACGCGCCAGCAGCUCUCGGCAACAAUCGCCUCGUCGGGCCUCUGCGCUGAGCGCCACCAGCCGCGGCCGAUUGACUACGCGCACAAAUAACCACGCCAGCAGUCGCGCGAGCAUGACUGCCAGCGAAAAGGGAGCGAAAGUGCUGAAAAAGCGUCGCAAUCCGCUCAACUCUCCACCGCCAGUGCCAUCAGUCACGCCUUUGAAUUCGCACCGUACACCGUGCAUCGCCGCUAGCUCCGAUACUGGCGAUGGCGCGAAAAUUCGCCCAUCAUCAUUCACACAGAUGAAGGCUCCAUCGGUGAGACCGUCAUACACCGCGGCGGACAUAGGAUACGAAGGUGGGGACGCCGCCGCCACACUCAAUUCACCUACUACUUGCUCACAAGCGGAAAUGUUGCAAAUGUGCUCAAAGUUAAAGACUGACUUCUUCGAUAUGAUGGUGCCGCUUACGAAUGCGUUUAAUAUUGCAGGCGUUGUCACUGGCGCGGGUAAGGAAGAACAACGGUCACCGAGGCAAUCCACAUCAUCAUCGAGAAAGAGGGCGACUUUAGCCAACAACGAUCGCAUAGAGGCGCUUACCAAUCGUCUUUUCAACUCGGCUGGGCAAGAGAAUAGCACAAAGGGCGCUAGUAACGCGACAGCCAGAGAAGAUGGCGAUGAAAUAUGUGAUCGGGGAACCUCAAUCCCAGUUACGCUCUACACAGGCGAAUCCCCUUAUGAAAAAAUGAAACUAAAGAAAGCCCAACAACGUCUACUUAAACAAUACCUAACAGAGCCAAGACGCGAAGGGCGUAAAAAGGAUGCGUGUCAAGAUUCGAAGAAACCGGAAACUAACGAUUGGAUAGAUGAGAACUCUGGCGAAGAAAGCAAUGAUGCGAGUGAUCUCGAUUGCAAGCCGCCAACGGAAAUAGUGGAAAACGAAAUGAAGUCUAAAAACAUUGCACCAGUUGUUCCACCCUGCACGCUCUGGAAUGUCAGUCCUCGGCAAAAAACAAAACAAAAGAAAGACCUGCGCAUUGAGGAACUCAUUGCCGAGCGUGACCAAUUCUUGCAUUUAUGCAGCAAAAAUCGUUUUUAUGCAAAUCCCAAUUUCAAUCAGCCAUGGAGCGUGUUCUCAAAACUCGCUCACAAGCUAUCCAGCGACAUUGUCGGCAUGAUCGAGGAAGAUUUUAGUAUUGGUGUUUCGAAGUUUGUGCAAGAUUUUCUGGAUAACGAAACAAAGAUCUAGCGUUUGCGACGUAUCCUGCGGUUUUAAUUUUUUUUUUUUUGUUAUGUUGUGUUACUCUUGUAUGUGUGUUCGUUUGUAUACUUAUGUGCAAAUUUGAUUUUCAAGCUUUUAAAAAUUUUCGAGCCAAUUUUGGCUGAUCUGUGUACAGUACAACGAUCCACAUAACUAAUUUUUGCGAGAGUGUCAAAGGUCAAGGUAGAAAACUUGUAAAAACUUGUCAUUUCAAUGCUUUGUCCUUUGACACUUUUUCAAAAAAAAAAUGUACUGUGUCACGCCAAGCUAGCUCAUUUAAAAAUUUUCAAAUAAUUAUUAUCAAUAAUACAAAAUUUUAAGUAUGAAAUGGAUGAAUAAUAAAAGCAGUUACUUAUAUUACAGUUUUGAAUGCAUAAUUUUAUUCCUUUUAAAUUUGCUGCGUAAUUUUGUUUAGGAACAGAACCAAGAACUGGCACAUUAUCGAUACCCAGCAUAUAACAUGUGAUCGAUAAAGCAGUCGAUGUGCUUAAGUGAGGGAUGUACCUCCAGUUAGUGUUACAUAGAUGUGGUGCAAACGGCCCUUAGAAUCCCAGCCGGACUUUUUGCGAUUUGUUCCGACGUCGUCGUUAAGUGUAUGGAGUGCGUAUAUAAGGAGAAAAAUUAUUCGAAAUUAAGUUAAAUACAUAAGUUUCCAGACACAUUGUAAUAGAAGAAGUAUACAGAAACAGGGUAAUCAUUAUGAGUAAAAUAAUUUAA